CACGGGACACUACAGGGAAGCAGCCCAACCCUUCCUCUGCUCCCGCCACGCGGGGUCGGGAUGUAGCCACGCCUCCUGCCGUACGACGUACCCCACGCUCCAGAGUGCGAGGGGAUAACGAACCGUCCCGUCCCCCGGCGCGAGCUGCCGGCACCAUGAUCACUUCCGGUUUCUCUUCCCCCAACCCCCCAGCAGCAGCUCAGGAGGUCAGACCUGCCACUGAUGGUAAUAGCAGCAGCAGCUCCUCCUCCUGCAAGAAGAGAAAGUUAAACAACAGCAGCAACAACUCUGAAAGAGAAGAGUUUGAUUCCAUUUCCUCCUGUUCCUCUUCUCCUUCCAAAAACAACUCAUCAUCAUCUUCCUCCAUCAUCACCACGUCCUCGGGGGGGCCCUCAUCCAACCAUCACCUGCAGAAGAAGCUGCGCUUUGAGGACUCCUUGGAUUUUAUUGGACUCGAUGUGAAGAUGGCUGAAGAGUCUUCCUCAUCCUCUUCUCCUGCUGCCUCUUCACAGCAGCAGCACCAGCAACAGCUCAAAAAUAAAAGCCUUUUAAUUUCGUCAGUAGCUGUGGGGCACCAUGCAAAUGGCUUGACCAAAGCUGCCUCCUCCACGGUCUCCAGUUUCGCCAACAGUAAACCUGGCUCUGCCAAGAAGUUAGUGAUCAAGAACUUUAAAGAUAAACCUAAAUUGCCUGAAAACUACACAGAUGAAACCUGGCAAAAAUUGAAAGAAGCUGUGGAAGCUAUCCAAAACAGUACUUCAAUUAAGUACAAUUUAGAAGAGCUUUAUCAGGCUGUUGAAAAUCUCUGCUCCUACAAGAUUUCUGCAAACUUGUAUAAACAAUUGAGACAGAUUUGUGAAGACCACAUCAAAGCACAGAUUCACCAGUUCAGAGAGGAUUCGCUGGACAGUGUUCUUUUUCUAAAGAAAAUAGACAAAUGUUGGCAAGAUCACUGCAGACAAAUGAUCAUGAUUAGGAGUAUCUUUUUGUUCCUGGAUCGAACUUAUGUUCUUCAAAAUUCAAUGUUGCCAUCUAUUUGGGAUAUGGGUUUAGAGUUAUUUAGGACUCAUAUAAUUAGCGAUCAGAAAGUUCAGAACAAGACCAUUGAUGGCAUUCUUCUCCUGAUUGAGAGGGAAAGAAAUGGUGAGGCUAUUGAUAGGAGUUUGCUCCGAAGCCUUCUAAGUAUGCUUUCUGAUUUGCAGAUUUAUCAAGAUUCUUUUGAACAUAGAUUCUUGGAAGAGACUAAUCGUCUGUAUGCAGCAGAGGGGCAGAGACUUAUGCAAGAACGAGAGGUUCCAGAGUAUCUUCAUCAUGUCAACAAGCGAUUAGAAGAAGAAGCAGACAGAAUUAUCACAUACUUGGAUCAAAGUACACAGAAGCCACUAAUUGCUACUGUAGAAAAGCAACUGCUAGGUGAACAUUUAACAGCCAUUCUUCAGAAAGGUUUAAACCACCUUCUUGAUGAAAACAGAAUUCAAGACUUGUCUCUUCUAUAUCAGUUGUUCAGUCGGGUCCGGGGUGGAGUGCAAGUUCUCUUACAGCAUUGGAUUGAAUACAUAAAGGCAUUUGGUAGCACUAUAGUAAUUAACCCAGAAAAAGACAAAACUAUGGUCCAAGAGCUGCUAGAUUUUAAGGAUAAAGUUGACCAUAUUAUUGAUGUCUGCUUUCUGAAGAAUGAGAAAUUUGUCAAUGCUAUGAAAGAAGCAUUUGAAACCUUCAUUAACAAGAGACCAAAUAAACCAGCUGAACUGAUAGCUAAGUAUGUGGAUUCAAAGCUUCGUGCAGGCAACAAAGAAGCUACUGAUGAAGAACUUGAAAAAAUGCUGGAUAAAAUUAUGAUUAUAUUUAGGUUCAUCUAUGGAAAAGAUGUCUUUGAGGCUUUCUAUAAGAAAGAUCUAGCAAAGCGGCUAUUAGUUGGGAAAAGUGCAUCAGUAGAUGCAGAAAAAUCUAUGCUUUCCAAACUCAAACAUGAAUGUGGAGCUGCUUUCACCAGCAAGCUUGAAGGAAUGUUUAAAGACAUGGAACUUUCAAAAGAUAUCAUGAUACAGUUUAAACAGUAUAUGCAAAAUCAGAAUGUACCUGGUAACAUUGAACUAACAGUGAACAUCCUGACUAUGGGUUAUUGGCCAACCUAUGUGCCUAUGGAAGUCCACUUACCACCAGAGAUGGUAAAACUGCAGGAGAUCUUCAAGACCUUCUACCUGGGAAAACACAGUGGUAGGAAACUUCAAUGGCAAUCAACACUAGGUCACUGUGUACUAAAAGCAGAAUUUAAAGAGGGCAGAAAAGAGCUUCAAGUCUCUUUGUUCCAGACACUGGUGCUGCUUAUGUUUAACGAAGGCGAGGAGUUCAGUUUAGAGGAGAUAAAGCAAGCAACUGGGAUAGAGGAUGGAGAGUUAAGGAGAACACUCCAGUCAUUAGCCUGUGGCAAAGCUAGAGUACUGACUAAAAGUCCCAAAGGCAAAGACGUGGAAGAUGGUGAUAAAUUUACAUGCAAUGAUGAUUUCAGACACAAGCUCUUCAGGAUAAAGAUAAACCAAAUCCAGAUGAAAGAAACGGUAGAGGAACAAGCAAGCACUACAGAGAGAGUAUUUCAGGACCGGCAGUACCAAAUUGAUGCUGCAAUUGUGCGAAUCAUGAAGAUGCGCAAGACUCUGAGCCACAAUUUGCUUGUGUCAGAGGUGUACAACCAGCUUAAAUUCCCAGUAAAGCCUGCUGACCUUAAGAAGAGAAUAGAAUCCUUAAUUGACAGGGACUACAUGGAAAGAGACAAAGAGAACCCAAACCAGUACAACUAUAUUGCAUAAACAUAUGUUGGCCUUUGUUUUUCUGCACAUUUGGUGUCAUACUAAAUUGCCAGUGGAUAAACUAGCCUGUUGAUCCCAUUAUUUGACUUUUUAUACUACCGAUGAAUGAAUGAAAGCGGUGUAAUAGAAAAGUAUAGUAGAGUGGACUUUUUUCAGUGGUUAAUAUGCCCAUUUAAAGAGUACUAUUUACAUUUUAAGAAGAAUGCUGUUGAACUCUUUGCAUGUUAUUUAGUAUGAUGUGCAGAAAACUGUAAGAGAGUACCUGGUCUUCGUGAUUCCAUUUGUCUCCGAGUCUGAAGAGGAGUCCCUUGGUAUAUGACAAAUGUUCUUUUACAUCUUUAAACUAUGAAGCAGAAGGUUAAUUAACAUACAGAAAAUAGCCUUUAAAAUGCUUUAAACUGCAUGCAAACAUUUAAUUUACUGUACAGGAUAUUGGAUAUAUUUAUCAAGUAGCAAAACGACCAAUGAUUUGAUUCACUCAUAUUUAGAUUUCACCCGGGGUAGGGAAAUAAUUACCAAGUCAAGUUUAUACUUAUUGAUGUAGAAAACAUUCUCUGUUGCAAUUAGGAGGAAAUGUAAAGGAAACGGUAUCAAUAUAAAAUGAUUGUAAGGUUACAAAAUAUGUACCAUUCCUUAAAAAACUGUGUCACUUACUUUAA